UCGUUUUGAGUUGCAGUUGCCACUAUGCAAUAUGCCGAACAUACUUCUAUUCGAAACGGGCUAGGAAUUUUGCAUAGUGUGGCUGGCAUUGGUGAUAUUACUCUCAGCCUCAAGAGACCCGUGGCUUCAUCAGGCGAGCUAAUAACUACGUCCGUGACUCUGUCGCAUGUUCUCCAUAUCCCAACAGCUUCCUGCAACGUUCUGAAUCCAAUCCUGGCAGGCUUGAAAGCGAAGGCUCGCAAUAAGAGGACUGGAAUGAGGCAAUGGAUUGACUCCUCUGAGAAUGUCCCGUUUAUUACGAGAACAUUUCUUGAGCUGGAGAGGAUUAUAGUAGUACCUUCGAACCAGAGAGGUGCUUCGCUCCUGGACCCGAUGUUGUCGAUCACGCCACCACGAUAUUUGGAGCCCAGAUUAAAGAUGAUCAUGAGCGACUACCAGUGUAGCACAUUGAAGUUGUUGUCUGAGAAGGAAGGACAACUAUCCAUUCCAGGUCAUUUAGUGGCAGAACUGGCGGAUAAUUGUUUCCCUGAAGGAUGAUAGAUGUGCUGCGGGUAUCGAGUAAGGAAUGAUGUUGAAAAAGAGUGGCAGAGGCGGUUUUUCUGUAUUAGUGGUCUUGGUUUCGAUAAUAGAUCAUGUUGGGAAGGUGUUGGAGCAUCGAUCGUCUUGUAUCAUCGAACGUAGUCAAUUCUAAAGUCCGUGAUGUCCGUAGACUCACUUUAA